AUGUGCUCCCGCCAGGAGAAGGACCAGUGCCACCGGCAGCAGCGCCAGAGCAGCGGCGGCUGCCACAGCUCGGGGGGUGGCGGCUGUCACAGCUCAGGAGGUGGCGGCUGUCACAGCUCCGGUGGCAGCUCUGGGGGCUGUCACAGCUCCGGUGGUGGCGGCUGUCACAGCUCCGGCGGUGGCGGCUGUCACAGCUCGGGCGGUGGCGGCUGUCACAGCUCCGGUGGCUCCGGCUGCCAUGGGAAGCCGCAGAUGCAGGGCCAGCAGCAACAGCAGCAGCAGCAGGUGCUGCAGAUGCCGCAGCAGAAGAUGAAGUGA